GCCUCACGUCAUGGAAAGAGUUACUUUGUUGCAGCGCGCACAGGAGUAAACCAGAGAAACAACACUGAGCCGCGAUGUGUUGAUGCUCUGUAGAAGGACACUGAUCGGAUGCUGAUUCUGCUUUUUUUGUGUCAGAUUUAAAGGAUCGACUGAAGAUGCGCAGGAACCUGUUUACAAGGAAAACGCAGCAAGUUUCAGUCUGAGGGAAUGCGGAGCAGGCUCAAACUGCACAGGGAUACCAUUACUCAUCCCUGUGUUUUUCUUCACGCCAGGCCACUCUGUGUUGGAAAUACUUUCGCCGAGCGUCAUUUUUAGGCUCCGUGAUGAGAAUUAAGUGUCCGAUAAGUGAACAACGCGAGGUUGCAGUCCAGUUUCUGAGGAUUAAAACCACCCUCGGUGCUUUCGGAGGAGCUCUUUGGUGAAACCAGCUUUGUUUUUCAACCUGUUGUGUUUGUGGUGUGAAAGGAGGUAGAGCCUGUUAUGAGAGAGUUGAUGUGUUAUGGAGCCUUUAUAGCCUAAAUGUAUUGUUAGACCUUUAGACAGAGUAGAUAAGACAAUAGAGCGAUAGCCUCAAUGGGCUGAGGACGCUAGUGCUCACAGUAAGCAUAUUUUAGACUUUUUUUAGGCGGAAACAAGCAAUACUUUUACACAACUGUUGUGUUCUCCUGUGUUUACUAAGUGUCAUAUCAUUAAAUUUACAUCCUGUGCUGUGCUGCACACCUGAUCCCACAGCUGCCAUGUAAUUAGAGAUGAGUUUAAAUAUUACAGUAAGCUAGUGUCAGAUGUUUCCAGCACAGCAUGCAUCAAGACAGCAGCAUCAGUAUCUAGGCACUAUGUGCAUGUAGACCUUGUUGCUGUAGGACCCACUGGAGUAUCAAGAUGUCAGUGAAAGCCAAAGCACUCUACACUUUUCUAAGUGAAAACAAAGAGGAGAUCAGCAUCCAGGAGAAUGAGGAACUGGUUAUCUUUGAUGAGAACUCAGUGGACGGCUGGUUCCAGGGGGAGAACAGCCGAGGGGAGAGGGGUCUCUUCCCUGCGUCCUAUGUAGAAAUUAUUCGCACUCGCUCAAACUCCAACGUGACUGACUGCUCCAUAAGCCCGGCGGGAUCUUUAGGAAACGACUCCUCCUAUUUCCCCUCAACCCCAAACACCCCUCUGCAUUUGCAGCAGAGUUACUAUGACGACGAUGACGACGACUGGGACGACUGGGACGACAGGUCAACAGUGGUGGACGACGCUGACCACGGUAGGAGCCCCGGGGCCAACGGACAUGCCCAUCAGAGCCCACUGUCCAACAACCCCAAUGUGCACUACCGGUCCAAACCACACAUGGAGAGACAGGACAGCAUCUCCAGCUCGAGGAAAGGCAGUAUGGUGGGCAGGAACUUGAACAGAUUUUCCAGCUUUGUCCGCUCAGGGGUCGAAGCGUUUGUGUUGGGUGAUGUACCCAUGAUGGCAAAGAUAGCUGAGUCGUACACCAUCGAGAUGGGUCCCUUAGGGCCCCGGUGGAAGGAGAGCCCACAGCCUUUCUCCUGUUCCAUUGAAGACCCCACUAAGCAAACAAAGUUCAAGGGCAUCAAGACGUACAUUUCGUACCGUGUCACGCCGAGCCACACUGGGCAUCCUGUAUACAGGCGCUACAAACACUUUGACUGGCUGUACAACCGCUUACUGCACAAGUUCACUGUGAUCUCUGUGCCUCACCUGCCCGAGAAGCAGGCCACGGGGCGAUUUGAGGAAGACUUCAUCGAGAAGCGCAAGAGGCGACUGAUACUGUGGAUGAACCACAUGACCAGUCACCCAGUCCUCUCCCAGUAUGAAGGCUUCGAGCACUUUCUGAUGUGUGCUGAUGACAAGCAGUGGAAACUGGGCAAGAGACGGGCGGAGAAGGACGAGAUGGUGGGUGCCCAUUUCAUGCUGACCCUCCAGAUCCCUAACGAGCACCAGGACCUUCAGGAUGUAGAGGAGCGGGUCGACUCCUUCAAGGCCUUCGCUAAAAAAAUGGAUGACAGCGUGAUGCAGCUCACGCAUGUUGCCUCGGAGCUGGUGCGUAAGCACCUCGGUGGGUUUAGGAAAGAGUUCCAGCGACUGGGGAAUGCCUUCCAGUCUAUCAGCCAGGCGUUCAUGCUGGACCCUCCCCACUGCUCAGAGACCUUCAACAACGCCAUCUCCCAUACGGGCCGCACCUACGAGAACAUUGGAGAGAUGUUUGCAGAGCAACCAAAGUAUGACCUCUUCCAUAUGCUGGACAAGCUGUCGCUCUACCAAGGCCUGCUCGCCAACUUCCCUGACAUCAUUCAUCUGCAGAAAGGUGCCUUUGCCAAGGUGAAGGAGAGCCAGCGGAUGAGUGACGAAGGGAAGAUGGAUCAGGACGAGGCCGACGGCAUUAGGAAACGCUGCCGGACGGUCGGGUUUGCCCUCCAGGCAGAGAUGAGCCACUUCCAUCAGCAGCGAGAGGUGGACUUCAAAGACAUGAUGCAGGCCUACCUCAGGGAGCAGAUAGCCUUUUACCAACGUGUUGUCCAGCAACUGGAGCGCACCCUGCGCAUGUACGACUGUCUGUAAGGACGCCGAACUGCUGCCCAGUUCAAGACGCCAAAAAAAAAAAAAAAAAAAAAAAAAAAGUAGAGAAGCGGAGGAGGAUCUAAGUCUGGACUCUUUUAUGAAGGCGUUUUAUGUUGGUCAUGAAAAGACUUGCAGAUAAGUGAAGCAGUAGUUACUGGAAAGACGUAUAAAGCCAGUCAGUCUUUAGCUUUGAUGGAUUCAAAGUCACAUUUUGUUUGAUUGUUUUUAAAGACCUACUGUACCUUUUAUUUCUGAAAUACACAUCACAUAGGCAAUGUCACGGCAUAUUGUUUAUUUUACAUAAUUUAAGAUGUUUGUAACAUUAAAAUAAGAAUAUAGGUUUGAAAUUCAUAGCGGAUCUAUAGUUGAUCGUUGUAUAGUGUAACACACGUCAUGAAACGGGUUUUGAAACUGUCCCCUUCUCUCCAUCAUCAUGCACUUUGGCUUCUCCUGAGACUGAUUCACGUGGCUUCCAGUAUGUAAACAUCUGCUAAACAUCUGCAGCAUUUUAGGAUUUGAUUGAAGUCGCUGAUUCUUCUCAUCAGACCACGAAACAGUAGCAAGUUUCACCAUCAUCUUAUUGAGUGCUCUUCCUCAGGUGGUCACUGCUUCAAAAUGCAUGUUAAUAUCUCUGGUGUCUAUUAGCACAAGUAACAAAAGUCUGUCUUAACUUUGCACCAUGUGGAAGACUCACUGAUAUCAUGUAAUUCAGUUUAGUAAUGUCCUUUUCUGACUUUUUUCAUGCAGCAAGUGCCUGAGGCGUUCUGACAAAUGGACCAUUUGUCUGUAGCAUGGUUUGUGUUUAAGAGGGGACAUUUUCAGGAAUGAAUUGUAUUUAGAAAAACAAGUUUGCACAUGUUUUUAUAUAAUAUUGAGUCAUUGUGUAUGGGAUGUGUUUAUGUGUGGGUGAGCGAGUGAAAUGAGUCAACUACUGUGCUGAUCAGCUCCCUUUCCCACGGUGGAAAACAGAAAAUUAGACAGCAUCUUUGCAUGUGGCAGCAGGUUUAUCCAGCCCGCUAGAAUAAAAAGUGGUCAUGCAGUUGAAAUGGAUUAGCUGGCAGAACAUGAACUUGUUAUUUCAGUAUUUGCAUUCAAAUCAUUUAGUUGGCAAGACCAGAUUCUAAACAGCCCGAUUUGAUGCUCAUAUCAUCACAUAUCACAUAUCAUAUCAUAUUAUUAAAACAUCUAAUCCACAAAUAAAACCACAUAUCAUUCAGAUUAUUUCUGUACUGGACCCGUUAUAACUUAAAGAAAUAGUUUGACAUUUUGUGAAAUACGCGUAUUUCAUCAGACGCUUAUUUCAUCAUACGCUUAUUUCAUCAUAUGCUUAUUCAUCAUCAUGCUACAGCCUGCAGAUGGUUAGCUUAGCUUAGCAUAACGACUGGAAUCAGCUAGCCUGGCUCUGCCUCCCUGAAAAAACAUUAUCUGGCUCGUCUAAUUCUCACUAAUUAAAAAUGUUAAAAUAUUUAAAAACCAAAGUGUAAAAAUCAUCAUCUUGUCGUGUUACAGGGGUUGUGACACUGCACCCGUUCAUGAAGUAGUCCAGCCAAUAACCUUCUGUCAACAUGUCAUUCAUGCACUUUGUUUUUUGUAAGGAUUAAAUGAACGGCAUAUGAAGUGUCAGUUCGUAGUGCUGAUAGUCUUUGAUACCUCUGGACAGGGCUAGCUGUUAGCCCUCUAUGCUAAACUAAGCUAAGCUAACCUAACCAGUUGCUUGCUAAACAGUUCAAUUUAACCUGCAGACAUAAGAGUGGUAUCAGUCUUCUUAUCUAACUCACAGCAAGGGAGCAAAUAUAUUCCCAAAAUGUUGAACUAUUCCUUUAAUAGUAAUACAUUUACUUUAUUCUCUUACUCCAGCUGUGAAGCAGCUUUUUACAUUUAGUUUUUCACAUUUAGUGAUCUCAUUUUUCCACACGGAAUGAGAUUUGAGUGACCACGAGGAUUCAGGUCCCAUUCUUCACUGUUUCACUGUGUUAAUUACUAAAUAAGAGUUGUUCCAGUAACAUUACUCAUCCUGUUUAACGGGAGAAAAAGUCUUCAGCGUCGCGCUAACCUCAGAGGUUCAUGUGGCACGUCUGCAUUGCAAUAAUAAGCAUUACCUCAAAGCGUGUAGGGAAUGUUUUUAGAGCUGGACACCUUUCUCCUCAUGCAACCCCCAGUGUUCAUCUGUCAGCUGUGAUUGUUUCCGCCUUCGACGGAAGGGUUUGAUCUGUCGGUGGUGCGUUUGGGUGCGGAUCAGAAGCGAAAUGAGAAAUGCUUCUGUGACGUCUCUGCCUGGCGUUGCAGAAUGUGAAGUUAGGUCUUAUUAUUGUUCUCCGAUAACAAAGAAGUGCUGAUUCAGAGUGCAAACAAAUGGUCCCUGUGUGUGUGUGUGUGUGUGACUCAGAUAUGAGUGUUGUAUCAGUUACUGGUACUGUUCAGUCCACAUCUGCAGCCUUUAACUCUUCACUGUCUGCAUGUGGUGUUUGUUUUUUUGGAACAAACUUUUGCUUUUCAUACUUCUGCAUUUUUUUAAAACUCGCAUCGCAGUUUCUCCAAGACCAAAGAAGUCAAACGGUUGCUGCUGCGCUUCCUUUUUUACUCUGUUUGGUUGUAGUGAAAAGUGCUCGCUGGUUUUGUAAUUGAAUCUUUUCUACUCUGAGGAAAAUGUGAAGAGAGCAUUUGGAAAAAGUAAAGAAACAUUCCACAAAUAAAGUAUAAAGGACACCAAAGGCAAAGACAGAUUUUGGGCAGAAGAAAGACGCAAGGUGCAAAAGCGAAAAACCAUUCAAAGGAGUGCUUGCGGCCCCAAUCGGGUUCCUUAAUGACACUUUCCUCUCAUGUUCCAAAGCUGCAUGAUAAGUUAAAUGCCAGACAUUUCACACAAGUAACUGUUUCUUAACAUGUGUGUGUGACCCGGUGAGCUGCAGGAACUCUAUGCUUUAGUUUCAGUCUCUGAAAUAACAGAUGGUGAUUUUCAGUAAGCAAUUUGUCACUUGAUUUAAGGGAAGGGGACCUAAAAAGCUUAAUAAAAGUAAUGAUGGUGAUUUCUUA